AUGGCAAAACCAUCUUCGCCACGACUCCCCAACUUGCCUUGGGUUGAGAGUACGAUAUUGACAGCUUGCUCUGUCACAUCUGAAGCCAAGGUUGUGGUUACGGGAAUGGCACCUGGGCCGGUCGCUGAGGCAAUUAGUCGCGCCGUUGCUAUUCCUCAGGAUAACCCCGAUGUUCUGUUUAUCAACCGUGGUCUCGAUACUCCCGACAUUGACAACGCAACCGCGUUCAUCGACAAUAGCAAGGGUAUGAUCCAGGCAUUCGACCUCACCAAUAUGCCUGCCGAUGGAUACGACUACACCACCGACGGCACAGUUUUCUCUUGGGCCGAUGGCAUUACCCGCAACGGUGUUCCCUUGACCGACAACCCCGGCGACGAAUUCAACUGCUUGGGCAAGUACGACGCGUUCUCUACCUCCCCCCCUCCUAACCCCGGGUACCCAUUCUGUCACACCAGCUGGAACGUCUCGUCAUUGCCAGACUCCGCAGACCUCAGUAUCGGCACCGGGUUGUUGCUUGACGCCUCCGUUCACGUUGACUCAUUCUGCGCCGAGAACAGUAUCCCGCCUCGUAUCUCCUUCCUUACACACACAGCACCCCUCGGCAUCGCAUUCUACAAGCCCGAAACUCCCUCCUCCGGCAAAGACCUCGUCGGCUCCGCCUUCGUCUCACUCCCCGGCCCAGCAGGCCAUAGCAUCGUCGUUGUCCCCUUCAAAGACGGAGAACCCGCCGCUCCUGCUGACUCGGGAAAGGGGUACUACGACUUUGUCUGGACAUCGCCGAGCGUGAAUAAGUCGCAGUGUAGGUCUGCGUUACUUCAGGCUCCUGCGGGGAUUGGUUGUCUGAGUCCGGUGGGGUUGGUAUUUGAUAAAAGGGGACGGCUGUACUUCACUGCGGAUGUUACUGGUGAGGUCUUUGUUGUGACGAAGGACCAGCCUGAGGAUUGUAGCGGGGACUGAAUGCGUUGAUGAUGAAUUGAAUGGACAGACAAUCUGAGAUAAUAUCCAUAGCACACCGUAUACGUAAUCAAUAACCUAAUAUUUUGAUCCAUCAUGC